AGUUUCCUGGGUGGUUUAUUUGGUCCUGUGUGUGAAAUUGAUGUCCUACUCAAUGAUGCAGAGACUAGGAAGACAGCAGAACUCAAGACAGAGGAUGGGAAAGUGGAGAAGAACUAUCUGUUUUAUGACGGAGAAUCUGUCUCUGGGAAGGUGAGCAUUGCACACACAAACACACACCAGGGUUUCCAUUUUCAAACAUUUGCCAAAAUGCAAUUUGCGGGAAAAAGGGAUAACACCAUUCUAAGCAGGACACCUGAAGCAAGCGGUAUAUGACAGAAAUUAAAAUCUCAGUUAGAAACUUAGAAAGAAGGUGAAUCUAAAGAUGCAACAACUAGGAUGCUAAUAUGACUAGGAUUGUGCAUUUGGCUUCUGUACAAUGAAAGAAAGUUAAUAUGAAAACCAAUAUAACAGGAGAGAAAUGGCAAAAGAUCUAGCUGAUUAUUGAGUUGCGGCUGUCAGUGAAAAGCAUUAAAAAUAUGUGUGAAGAUGUGUCUUGAGUAUAAUUUUUAAAUGUUGAGACAAGAAGAAGGGGACGGGCAAAGUUACCUAUAAGCGUGUCUCUCCAGAAUGCAUGCGCUCAGCUCUCCAGAAUCCACUCAGCUGUCACCAGCCAAUUCUUGCGCAUUCAUUGUGAGUUGUUUGUUCUUUGACUGUUUAUUUUGAUCAAUUCCCCAUUCCAUAGUAAUUCACUGUUCUCAUUCUCGGAGAGAAACGUUGUUUGCAGAGUUCACAACCUUCUACACUUGUGAGAAACAAGUUUUGGUUGAUUUCAGAACCAUAAUUUACAAGUAUACAUUUUCUAAUUGUCUUUUGUUUGGAGUGCUCCAUGUGAGCAAUGAGCAAUGGUUUCUCUAUCUUGUUAAUGCUGAGGGAGCGCGCACUCAUAGAAGUAGCCUACCUGGCCUGCUGCGCGAAAAAUCUAGGAAAGUGCCCAUUUGGGGAUGUUUGAUUUCUGAUUGUCUUAGUCACCACGUCCACCACUAAUAAGCUGAGCUUCUCAGUCUGUUUUUUUAACAUCCAUUGUGAAUGGUAGUUUCUCACAGUAGGCCUAUUAGGCUAUUUGAAAAGGUAUUACAACAAUCUCCCACUCGAUAAUCACCAAGCCUUGGUGUGAAAGAGAAAAAUAUAAUCACCUGAUAUCAUAUAUUCAGUGUAAACGUAAUAAAAUACCUUUCCCUUGGGCAAAAAUAGCUGUCUGUCCCGAGCUCACUGGCGUCGGAAACUCUGAGGGCCCGGAAUAGGCUAGUUUAUUGAUUUGAUACGUUGCACUUCAUUAGCGACAGCUCAAGACAGAUAGUAAGGGAGGCAGACAGGCUGAGUAGAAAGAUGAAUGUGAUUGAAAGAAGCAGAAAUUUCAUCAGUAUAUUUUCUACUGUUUUUAUUUGUGUUCUUUAUGUAUUUUUACUUAAUUGCCAAUGGAAGUUAUGGGCCAACAGCUGCAUUGGCCAUCUCUGGGCUCCAUGCUCUCGUUUAGGCUAUUUAGCCGCCAAUGAUCACGGUGUAGCCUAUCAAUGUGUCCAUAUGGCAUAGGCUGGUGCUCUCGCAGUAGUUUAAUUUGAACUUUUAUAUUUUUCUAAUUUUAAUUAUGAUUUUUGACAAACCACGUGACAAUGAUUUUGAGAAACAAAAACGUUAAUAUUGAAAUGAAACAGUUUCACGAAAAUGCACAUAUGAAAAUCAUAACUGACAAGCAGAUCGGUCUGAUAAAUUGUAUGCUUCCUCAAACUUGAAACUCACAUGCCACCUAAGAAGUCUUUAAAAAAGAAUUGCCUCCACCUUUCUAUGGUUGGAUUUUCAAGCAAGGUAAGACAUGCCUCAUAAUAUGAAGUAAAACAUUCAGGUUUCAAACAAUGAAGUAUGUUUUCAACGUGAAUACUGCCUCCAGCUCACAUUUUAAGGUGGUGGGUGACGCGCUGAUAGCCUGCCUACCUAUAGUUUUUCUUUGUUUUUUACGGCCAAAAGCCGGCAAUUACCGGCUAACGGAAACCCUGACACACACACACACACACGUGAUAUGACAUUAUGAAGGCGAUCAAUACUGUGCACCUGACUGCUUCGUAUGUCAAUGUGUCCUUUGCCAAUUAAUGAUGUGCAGUUUGCGAACAAUUCAUUCUUUUUCAACUACUCUUUUUACUGACUUGAGAGUAAAGAUAUGUUUUUCUGAGUGAUUCGUUUGAUCUGCUGGCUGCAAUGAGUCCUACAGCAGGAUUGUUACAUGCUCAGCGGCUCCAGAGACGCGCUCCGACCAACAACUGUCUGUCGUAUAUGCACGCAGGGAAAUGGAUCAGGCAGCAUAGAGAAGAAAAAGACAACUUUAGAACUGAUUAUUGAUCGCAUGGUGCAAUAAUUAAUUCAAUUAGAUUUUUGAAUGUUAUGAUGAACACAGCUUUAUAGAACCAACACAUGCACAGCCUCUGCUCAACAAACUCAAACUCCAGAACAAAUAGUUUGGGGGGGGCUGCAGUUUGCAAACGAUAUUGUGCUUAUCACGCUCACGGCAGUCAAGCAAUGCAUUCUGCCAAGAGUCGUUCACGAUCUAGUCCGGUUGCGGCCACAACUAGACCUAAUUUCAAAUGUAUUAAGAAAUAAUCUUAUUUGUAUGCCUACCAAUCAACAAAUGUAUGCUUAACAAAGAUAUAAACGCAACAUGUGAAGUGUUGCUCCCAUGAGCUGAAAUAAAAUAUCCCAGAAAUUUUCCAUAUGCACAAAAAGCUUAUUUAUCUCAAAUUUUUGCACAAAUUUGUUUACAUCCCUGUUAGUGAGCAUUUCUCAUUUGCCAAGAUAAUCCAUUCACCUGACCGAUGUGGCAUAUCAAGAAGCUGAUUAAACAGCAUGAUCAUUACACAGGUGCACCUUGUGCUGGGGACAAAAGGCCACUCUAAAAUGUGCAGUUUUGUCACACAACACAUUUACAUUACAUUUACAUUUUAGUCAUUUAGCAGACGCUCUUAUCCAGAGCGACUUACAGGAGCAAUUAGGGUUAAGUGCCUUGCUCAAGGGCACAUUUACGUCAUUUAGCAGACGCUCUUAUCCAGAGCGACUCACAAAUUGGUGCAUUCACCCUAUAGCCAGUGGGAUAACCACUUUACAAUUUUUUUUGGGGGGGGGGGGGGGGGGGGGUAGAAGGAUUACUUUAUCCUAUCCCAGGUAUUCCUUAAAGAGGUGGGGUUUCAAAUGUCUCCGGAAGGUGGUGAGUGACUCCGCUGUCCUGGCGUCGUGAGGGAGCUUGUUCCACCAUUGGGGUGCCAGAGCAGCGAACAGUUUUGACUGGGCUGAGCGGGAACUAUGCUUCCGCAGAGGAAGGGGAGCCAGCAGGCCAGAGGUGGAUGAACGCAAUGCCCUCGUUUGGGUGUAGGGACUGAUCAGAGCCCGAAGGUACAGAGGUGCCGUUCCCCUCACUGCUCCAUAGGCAAGCACCAUGGUCUUGUAACGGAUGCGAGCUUCAACUGGAAGCCAGUGGAGUGUGCGGAGGAGGGGGGUGACGUGAGAGAACUUGGGAAGGUUGAACACCAGACGGGCUGCGGCAUUCUGGAUGAGUUGUAGGGGUUUAAUGGCACAGGCAGGGAGGCCAGCCAACAGCGAGUUGCAGUAAUCCAGACGGGAGAUGACAAGUGCCUGGAUUAGGACCUGUGCCGCUUCCUGUGUAAGGCAGGGUCGUACUCUCCGAAUGUUGUAGAGCAUGAACCUGCAGGAGCGGGUCACCGCCUUGAUGUUAGCGGAGAACGACAGGGUGUUGUCCAGGGUCGCGCCAAGGCUCUUCGCACUCUGGGAGGAGGACACAACGGAGUUGUCAACCGUGAUGGCGAGAUCAUGGAACGGGCAGUCCUUCCCCGGGAGGAAGAGCAGCUCCGUCUUGCCAGGGUUCAGCUUGAGGUGGUGAUCCGUCAUCCAUACUGAUAUGUCUGCCAGACAUGCAGAGAUGCGAUUCGCCACCUGGUUAUCAGAAGGGGGAAAGGAGAAGAUUAGUUGUGUAUCGUCAGCGUAGCAAUGAUAGGAGAGGCCAUGUGAGGAUAUGACAGAGCCAAGUGACUUGGUGUAUAGGGAGAAAAGGAGAGGGCCUAGAACUGAGCCCUGGGGGACACCAGUGGUGAGAGCACGUGGUGCGGAGACAGCUUCUCGCCACGCCACUUGGUAGGAGCGACCGGUCAGGUAGGACGCAAUCCAGGAGUGAGCCGCGCCGGAGAUGCCCAGCUCGGAGAGAGUGGAGAGGAGGAUCUGAUGGUUCACAGUAUCAAAGGCAGCAGACAGGUCUAGAAGGACAAGAGCAGAGGAGAGAGAGUUAGCUUUAGCAGUGCGGAGAGCCUCCGUGACACAGAGAAGAGCAGUCUCAGUUGAAUGACCAGUCCUGAAACCUGACUGGUUUGGAUCAAGAAGGUAAUUCUGAGAGAGAUAGCAAGAGAGUUGGCUAAAGACGGCACGCUCAAUAGUUUUGGAAAGAAAAGAAAGAAGGGAUACUGGUCUGUAGUUGUUGACAUCAGUGGGAUCGAGUGUUGGUUUUUUGAGAAGGGGAGCAACUCUCGCUCUCUUGAAGACGGAAGGGACAUGGCCAGCGGUCAAGGAUGAGUUGAUCAGCGAGGUGAGGUAGGGGAGAAGGUCACCGGAGAUGGUCUGGAGAAGAGAGGAGGGGAUGGGGUCAAGCGGGCAGGUUGUUGGGCAGCCUGCAGUCACAAGUCGCAGGAUUUUAUCUGGAGAGAGAGGGGAGAAAGAAGUCAAAGCAUAGGGUAGGGCAGUGUGAGUAGGACCAGCAGUGUCGUCAGUUUUGACACAGAUGACACAGAUGUCUCAAGUUUUGAAGGAGCGUGCAAUUGGGAUACUGACUGCAAGUAUGUCCACCAGAGCUAUUGCCAGAGAUUGUAAUGUUAAUUUCUCUACCAUAAGCCGCAUCCAACGUUGUUUUAGAGAAUUUGCCAGUACGUCCAAUCUGCCUCACAACCGCAGACCACGUGUUACCAAGCCAGGACCUCCACAUCCGGCUUCUUCACCUGCAGGAUUGUCUGAGACCAACCUCCCGGACAGCUGAUGAAACUGAGGAGUAUUUCUGACUGUAAUAAAGCCCUUUUGUGGCGAGAAACUCAUUCUGAUUGGCUGGGCCUGGCUCCCCAGUGGGUGGACCUGGCUCCCAUGUGGGUGGGCCUAUGCCCUCCCAGGCCCACCCAUGGCUGCGCCCUUGCCCAGUCAUGUGAAAUCCAUAGAUUAGAGCCUAAUGAAUUUAUUUCAAUUGACUGAUUUCCUUAUAUGAACUGUAACUCAGUAAAAUUGUUCAAAUUGUUGCAUGUUGCUUUUAUGUUUUUGUUCAGUAUACAUUGUUUAAAGCCCGCUUUUACAAGCCUCAGACACAAAUGAUAGCUCCAGUAAGCCCCCUAUGGUGAACGACGUGAAGGAGAGGCUUGUAGAAUCAUGACUUGAGUUUUCAGUUUAUUGUUCGCCGGUAGGGGGUCCUGCAUGCUCUGACUCAAAUUAACGAAAUUAGUCGAAAGAUUUGUUAUUUUGACUGAACGAGUCGAAAAGAUCUGAGACAGUAAAAAGAGCCGAACUUCCCAUCACUAAUGCCAAUACCCUAUAACUUUUUUGUGUUUUCUUUUAAGGUGAAUCUCAAUGUGAGGCAGACAGGCAAGAGACUAGAACACCAAGGGAUUCGAAUUGAGUUUGUUGGGCAGAUUGGUGAGUUUGUGUACAUUUCUAUUUUGAUAUUAUAACCUUACAGCAGCGCACCACCUCAAACACCAGCCAUGCAUUGUUUAUUGGUUUACAAACCAAGUGCACCGUCGGUCUCAUUUAGGCUAAAAGGCUUAGCAAAGCAUGUGCUUGUCAUGUGAAAACUGCAGUGGACCACACUCAACACCACACACCCUGGCCUGGUGGCAAAGUGUUUCUGUGAGGACUCCUUGACCAUUACUGAGGGUUCAAUGCUGUCAAACCGACUGAGGAAGUUUGGGGAAGCCUUCAAAUAAAAUAACACACAAGUUUAAAUCUGAAUACAGGACAAUCUAGGUUAUUCGAUUCAGGCCUACUUCCCUAUUUAUACGGUUGUUGAAAUUAAUGCGUCCCUAAGUACAAUGGAUUUACCUAUUGGAAAUGUUAGGUUCCUGUGUGUGGUGAUGUGAUGAACCUAACAAGUGUUUAAACUUGUGCUCUAUGUCUUUCAGAGCUUUUCAGUGAUAAAAGCAACACGCAUGAGUUUGUGAACCUGGUAAAGGAGCUUGCCCUGCCAGGGGAGUUGACUCAGAACCGAAGCUACGACUUUGAGUUCAUGCAGGUGGAGAAGCCAUAUGAGUCUUACGUUGGAGCCAACGUCCGACUAAGGUUAGCUCACAAUAUUCUCUCAUACCCAGAUAUUCUCUGCAUUGUCCCUGGAACCAACCAUUCUAUUCUAUACAGCUUGAGAUGAUCAGUGAAACUGCAUUAGAUGGCUUUUUGUCAUUGCUACAUCUGCCUUGUUAUGAAUAUAAGCACUGUGUCAUUUGAAGUGAAUUUGCAUUGUAAGCCAUCCAUAACUCCUAUUGUUACUUCCUACAGAUAUUUCCUCAAAGUGACAAUAGUGAGGAGACUGUCUGAUCUGGUGAAAGAGUAUGACCUCAUUGUCCAUCAGCUGGCCACUUACCCUGAUGUGAACAAUUCCAUCAAGAUGGAAGUUGGCAUUGAAGACUGUCUACAUAUAGAGUUUGAAUACAACAAGUCCAAGUAAGAUGUGUACCAUGAUAAGACAUUCAUGCAUUCAAACCACUUUUAAAAAGCAUAGCAUAGUAGCACUUUCACGUGUCAAAAUCCGUAUCAGAUUCAGAACUUACUGUAUAUAAAUUAAACUUAAUUUUGACCUGACCCUAAUCUGUCUUCUCAGGUACCACUUGAAAGAUGUCAUUGUGGGUAAAAUCUACUUCCUUCUUGUGAGAAUCAAAAUCCAGCACAUGGAACUUCAGUUGAUCAAGAAGGAGAUGACUGGAAUAGGUGAGAUGAGGCUUACUUGAAGAGAGAGUUCACUUAAACGGCGUAAGGUGUUGCUCUUUUUUUAAUGAUAUACAUUUUAUUUUAAAUGAUUGAAUUCCAGAUUUUUCAAAUGAUGUGAAAAUCUAAAACUGGCCCUGUAAUCUUGGCUUUUGUUUUAAGAACAUUGUGAAGUUGAUGUAUUUGGUCAUGUGAAAUUCCUUCCCAGGGCCUAGCACAACUACUGAGAUGGAGACUGUUGCCAAGUAUGAGAUUAUGGAUGGAGCCCCUGUGAAAGGUAGGCACAAUAUGGUGUUGGUCUGAAUGUCCCAAUAUUAUUUCAUUUUAUCUAUUUUAUUUUAUGUUAUUCCACCCCACCAAAGCAGCAUAAUGUUUUCAGGACUUGUAGUGUACAUGUAAAUCUGUCUCUUCUUGCCAUUACCAUUUAACUUGUUUCACAAUCCUCUUCAUGCGUGUUCUUUCUCUCUUAGGAGAGUCUAUUCCCAUCCGUCUAUUUCUGGCUGGCUACGACCUCACAGCCACCAUGAGGGAUGUCAACAAGAAGUUCUCUGUGCGGUACUUCCUCAACCUGGUGCUGGUGGAUGAGGAGGACAGGAGAUACUUCAAACAACAGGUACAGAACCUGAAAGCCAACCGCCAUUUACCUGUCUGUCGUUUUUGUUCGAAGACUAAAUACACUGAGUGUACAAAACAUUAAGAACACCUUCUGAAUAUUGAGUUGCACCCCCCCCCUUUUGCCCUCAGAACAGCCUCAAUUUGUCGGUGCAUGGGUUCUACAAGAUGUCAAAAGCGUUCCGCAGGAAUGCUAGCCAAUGUUGACUCCAAUGCUUCCCACAGUUGUGUCAAGUUGGCUGGAUGUCUUUUGGGUGGUGGACCAUUUUUGAUACAUACAGGAAACUGUUGAGCAUGAAAAACCCUGCAGCGUUGCAGUUCUUGACACAAACUGGUGCGCUUGGCACCUACUACCAUACCCCGCACUUAAAUAUUUUGUCUUGCCCAUUCAUCCUCUGAAUGGCACACAUACACAAUCCAUGUCUCAAUUGUCUCUAGGCUUAAAAAUCCUUCUUUAACCUGUCUCCUCUCCUUCAUCUACACUGAUUUGAAGUGGAUUUAAAAAGUGACAUCAAUAAGGGAUCAUAGCUUUCACCUGGUCAGUCUGUCAUGGAAAGAGCAGGUGUUCUUCAUGUUUUGUACACUCAGUGCAUUUCUGUGGCAGAAACAUUACAGUAGUUAAAUAUUACAGUAGUUUGAACUCAAAACGAGGAAUUAGGCUUAUAUUAUUAUUAUUAUUAUUAUUAUUAUUAUUAUUAUUAUUGAAAGCAAUCAUCUUCUCUCAAUAUGAACAUUUUAGAAUAACUUAAGAGGGGAUAAAUCUGACUCUUGUUGAUUGUCUCUAUUACCAGGAGAUUGUUCUGUGGAGGAAAGCUCCUGAGAAAAUAAGGAAACGGAACUUCCACCAACGCUACGAGUCUCCUGAGCCACGGCCGACCCUUACUGCUGAGCAACCCGAAAUGUGA